CCGAGAGGCCCCAGUUUGCCAUCAUCUACGCCAGCCACAUCACCGUUGUGUCUCAAAAUAAACACCCCUGUUCCCGGUAGUGAUAAACAAGCUACAUCUACCCUUUUAACAACACCUCCUCACUUUUUAAAUUCUCAACCAGCAACUAGUAUUCCAUUAAUCCCCAAAAAGCCGAAAUCGCAAAAACUUUCCUUUCGCCACCUUCCCGUAACUCGCCCGCCGCCCCAUUCCGACAGCCCUCCCGCCUGUGAGCCAUCACAAUUAUUAAACUUUGAGGUAAUUUAAUAGUUGUCAAUUUUUUAGUUAACUUCCACCAAUUUUGGUGACUAUGUGAUUUAAGAUGCUGUAUUCAAUAAAAUGUAUAUCUGUUCUAUACGAAUAACAAAAACUUCUCACAGACCUGAUUCAGGUCCUGAACUAACACGAUGUUUCGGGUAAUUGAAAUAAAUACUAACCCUAAGCCCCUUUAUUUAUAGCAUCAGCUUUGUAAUGAAAUCGUAUUGGAAAAAAAGUAUUUGCCCAUUUUAAACAUUUACUUUAUUAACAUUAUUUUUAUUUUUUUUUAUUUGAUAAUCUAUCUAUACGUUUUUAAUAAAUGAUAAAACCGGAUAGCUAUGAAUUAGUAUACCUUUUAAUAUAAAAUUUUGAUAUUCUGUACAACCAACUGAUUUCCUUUUAUCAAGAAUAAACAUUAACCGAAGUAAUACUAAACUAUUUACCUUGCAUUUAGUUUAGUUAAAAGUCUACAAAAACCUUUUCAAACAAAUUUUAAAACAAGUUACAAUCGUAUAUUAGCUUGAUAAAUUUAAUGCAAAUAAAAUAUUAAAGUGUAUUAAAUUUUGAUGCAUUUGUCUUUUUAUAGAUACUUAAGUCAUCUCAUUAUUUACAAAAGUGCACUAUUCAAGCGUUAAAAUCCUACUGUCAGAAUAAAAUGAAUAAUAACAUUUUUAUUUAUUUCACAUUUUUGUCUGAGGCAUGUCAAUCCAACUUUAAUAGGAAGAACUUGUGAAGGCACUGAACACAUCCAACUACCGAUUUGUCGAAAAAACUAGACUAUAACAUUAGCAAGCCUCGACUGCAGUGAUUAUUUCAGAGAUCCCCCCUCCCCCCACCUCCGGGGGGGGGCACUUCAGAUUUUUUGGGGUGGGGGGCAGUGCCUGCAGUGUCAGUUGAUUUGGUUGUUGGACAAAUUUUACCUACAAGGGGGCACUUGGCUUUCCCCGGGGAGGGGGGGGGGACAGUCGAGCAGGAUUUCUUUCAUCUAUAUCUCCCACGCCCGGAGAUAUAGCUGAAAGAAACCCUGCUCGAUUGGUGCGAUUAAGAGAAAUAAUAAAAUAUUUUUUUUUUAUUCCACAGACACAGUUUGAGCAGUAUGAUAAUUUUAUGUACCUACAAGAAAGUGAUUCAUGUAAGAAUUAAUUGUAAAUAUUUAAUGUUUUAAGGACUAUACAUGUUUUUUUUAAUUUUAAAUCGUUUCCUAGCAGACCGAUAGUCCACAAUUCGGGUUGGGGAAAAAGUGGUGGUGGGAGAGUACGCUGGUAAAAUCCCAAUGGGAAUUUUUGUGACGAUGUAUGACAAUGAGGAGGGGGGCUAUAAGCCAUGUGACGUCACAUUAAAAUAGGAUCAUACGUCUGAAAAAUGACCUCUGAGCAAAUUACAGGCCGACACGUGGUAGGAGAAUCGAGGUAUGGUGACUUUGACAGUCGUGAGAAUUUAUGUCGAAUGUGGAGACGGGAAAAUGGAUAUAUUAAAGGUGCAAUAAACGUUUGUAUUGUUGAACAAAACAAACCACUGCACGCGUCAUAAUACGUAACCGAAGUUUGCACAGCAGUACAUCAGAAGUAUCCACGAUUUCUCCUAUUUCUUGGACUUAUACACAAGCUAGUGUGACGAAUGGAAACAAAUUAAGUGAGGGAUUUGACAGAAUAUCUCAAAACGUAAUACAAAAUAUUCUCUUACGACUGGUCUUCGAUUUCCCUAUAUUUCUUUUCUUAUUGUGUAUUUUUUAAAAUAAUAACUUAACAUUAAGAAAACUAAAAUAAAUCUACCGUGAUAAUAAUAUGCUCUAAACCUAUUCUGUUUUUUUUUUUGCAAGUCCAAACAGACAUUGUUCCAAUUUUUAAUAACUGAUUUAAAACUUUAAUUAAAGAAACCUAAAAUUUAAAAAACAAAUGUUUCAUAUAAUUCUUUUUAUAAUAUUUUUUCCUUUACGUCAUUGUGUCACAAACAUACAGCCAUUUUAAAAAAAACAUGUCAGCACAGUAACUUACAAUGGCGUGGUCUCUGAGGCAUUCCCAGUCAGCAGUGGAGUAAAACAGGGUUGUGUACUGGCACCAACGCUCUUCUUCAUUUUUUUCUCGAUGCUCCUUCAAUUUGCCUUCAGUGAAUGUGAAGAUGGAUUGUACGUCCAUACCAGAUUUGGUGGUAGGCUCUUCAAUAUCGCCCGCCUUCGUGCAAAUACUAAUUUAGAAAAAAAAGGUUUUGAUUCGGGAAUUGCUGUUCGCUGACGAAGUCGCCUUAACAUCUCACACAGAAGAUGGUCUUCAGGGGAUGGUUAAUCGUCUAUCACACACUUUUAAAGAGUUUGGAGUUUCGAUUAGUCUGCAGAAAACUCAUGUAAUAAUUCAAGAUGCACUGUCCCCUCCAAUCAUAUCCAGUGAGGGUCAUAAUCUUUCGGUUGUUGAGCGUUUCACAUACCUUGGAUCGAAUAUUUCUAAUUCUCUCUCCGUUGGUGACGAGAUAAAUAGGAUCGCAAAAGCAACAGCAAAUAACGCUGAACUGAAAAAGCGGGUGUGGAAUAAUCUCAAUUUAACUGAUAAAACAAAAAUAAAUGUCUUUCAGGCAUUUGUGCUUAGUACGCUCAUAUAUGGUAGCGAAUUGUGGACCACAUAUACCAGGCAGGAGCGGAAACUCAACAGCUUCUCUCAAGGAUAUCUUCGUCGCAUUUUAAGCAUUCAAAGGCCUGUCAAGGUGCCUAACAUGGAGGUCUUGGAACGUGCACACAUGUUUAGCAUAUUCUCCUUUCUUAGCAAGAGGCGCCUUAGCUGGUUAGGCCAUAUAAGGAGAAUGGAUGAAGUCCAUAUCCCUAAGAUGCUGCUGUUUGGAGUGUUGGCAGAAGGGACAAGAUUAUUGAACGGCAACCCUGAGAAUUAUGGACGUUUGCAAAAGGACCAUGAGGGAAGCCAAUAUUGAAAACAACGAAUGGGAGCUUAUUGCCGAACAACUUUAUAGCUGGCGAACAGCAGUAUUUGAAGGAGUAGAAAAGGCAGAAGGUACGCGAAACGAGUCCCUUGCAACAAAAAGAACAAUACGGAAGUCAAAAUCUUACCAAGAAUCAAUAUUCUCCUGAGAGAGAUGCGGUCGAGAUUGUCAUUCUAGGAUUGGUCUAGUUAGCCACACGAGAAGUGUAGGACUAUGGCUACUCCAUCGUCUCAAGUAGACUGAAGGAUGCCAUAUAUAUGUCCCUGUACGGGAUUUAUAAUUUAUUAAGAUAUAUAAAUUGGCAAAUUUUGGAUUUCACAAUUCUGUAAUUUUUAAUCUAUUUAAAUAAAUGCAAAUUUUAAAACUUAAAUUGAAAUAAAAUUAAAUUGACCUCUUAUCAAAGUUAUAGCACAAGACAUUUUACUGACAAGGUCUUUCCACUUUAUAACUUAUGGUGAUAACUUUAACAAUGUGCUUUUUUCAUUUUAAGCACAUAAAUUUAAAGAAAUUUAUAUUUUUUAUAAUUUGUGAAAAAGCUGAAAAUGAUUCCUAAAAGUUAAAUUUUGUUUCUUCUUUGAUAAGAGUAUUUUUGAAAAGUAUUUGUGCUCUAUAAAAUUGUAAAAUUGUUACGCAAGAGCUGGGAUAUUUUACUGAUAUUUUUUAAUUUAAAAUUCUUUCACGAGAGCUCAAAUUUAAAUUUGAUCUUAAAACAAUUUAUAUUGUGGGAUAUACGCUUAAAUCAAUGUUGAAAAAAAUGUCAAAUUUUCAUAACAAUUCCCUUAAAGAUUAAUCAGCGGCUCUUAAUAGAAAUGUUGAUUGACAAGGGCCCCGAUUUUAUGUGUUCAGACUAAUCAUUUGUGUCAUUUAUGUGGCCUCUUAUCUCAAUGUUAUCCGAAACUCCUAUUAUGAUGCGUUUAAACGUUUAAACGUGAGAGUUAUUGUUCAAAAUGUGGUGUUUGACGGGGCUUAAUUUUAUUGUUUACAGAGUGUUUAAAGUUUUUUGUUUGUUUUUGCUUCAAUAGUAUUCUGGUUCUAAGAGGGCUCGCAAUUUAAAAUGAUAAAUUUUAUAACUGAUAAAGAUAUAUAGAUUGCAAUAUACAGUAAAUAGUAAAUUAUAAAAAUCUAUAUAAAAACGACUUUUUAAAAAUGUAUCGUUUUAGCUUCAAGUUUCGAUGGCUGGUCAGUUUCGAGUGGCGACCUUUUUACUUCAGACCAAAAUUUUGAAACAUAUUAU